AAAACCAUCUAUCGAAAGCCAGCGCACACACAGUGCGAAACAGUUUGCGAAAAAAUUUGACCAAAAAGUUAUAUUGAUUGGAAAAUUGAGCAGCUUAAGCUAGCUGGAGUUGAACCUUAACAAGUGCCAAGGCAUGCUUUAAUCGCCGCCAGCUCAAACCCGGCCGUGGUGGCUUUGUGAAGCUAGCAAAACCAUCGCAAUUGGAGCUGUCGUGGUCUUAUUUGCUUUUUUUUUUUUCCCACCUCCUCCCAAGACCGUCGCUGUGUGGGCCAUCAGCAGCAGCAACAGCAGCAGUAGCAGCAUCGAAAGUGAAGAGACUUUACGGCGAAGGGGAACAAGGGGCCGUAGACGAGCGACAGUCUGUUUGGUUUAGGCGUGGAAAUAAACAAAUAGAUCAAAGGCACAGUACCCCGCCAGGAACGGAACGGAACGGGGCGUGGCUAGCUUAACACUCGGCUUUGCAAAACAACAGCAACAAGUAGGCGGCAUGGACGUAACGCUCACCGAGCCCGAGACACGUUUCUACAGUGAACUCUUUCAAUGCUGCGAUGUGGAAAAGACGGGCAAGGUGCCAAUGCUCAAGGCAACGGAGCUCUUUCGCUCGGCGGACAUUGCCAACGAGGCGGUGAUUGAGAUCACCGGCCUGGCUGGCAUACCCUCGACAGCGUUGCACAUUUCACGUGCCCAGUUCUACUCGUGUCUCAAGCUGAUUGCCGCCCAUCAGGCAGCCAUGCCGUUGCGCCAGGAGCUGAUAGUCGCCACGGUGCCAUUGCCAUUGCCACAUUUUAGCUGGAAGGAUGCUGCCACAGCGCCAGCGGCCACGGAGAAUGGUUUGGGCGCACUGCCACCACCACCGCCCACAGAUCGGCGGAACUCGUUGCGUCGCAAUUCGCAGCAGGAGCAGCUGCAGGACACCUCGGAUGUGCCCAGCACGGACUCUGAGGUGGAACAAAACGAAUCUAUCGACGAGGCGGCGGGGCAGCGCACAGAUGGCAGUGGCGUUGUCAGCAGCAGCAGUCGAGAGAAUGUCGGGCGUCGACGUGGCGGCUCUCCAGAGGCCUGGAGCACAAACAGCGAUAGCCCCACGCCCACCAAUAGCGUGGCGGAGCGUCCCUGGGCCCAGGAUCCGCUGUGGCAGGGCCUGCUGGGCGACGAGCACCGCCAGCUGCUGGGCACAGAGGAGGAAUCCUCCGAUCGCCACAGCAGCGAUGACGAUGACAACGAGAACGAACUGGUGGCCGUCUAUCAGAUCACACCAGAGCAGCGGGAAUACUACAAUAAACAGUUCAAAACAGUCCAACGUGAUCCACAUGGCUUACUCUCCGGCCAGGCAGCGCGGGUUUUCUUUGAGAAGAGUCGCAUACCCGUGGAGGAGCUGCGUCACAUUUGGCAACUGUGCGACGUGACACGCGAUGGAGCGUUGAGUCUGUCCGAAUUCACGGCUGCCAUGCAUCUGGUGGUGCUGCGACGCAACAAUAUACCGCUGCCCACCAGCCUGCCCCACUGUCUGCAUCCGAAUGUGCUGCAGGCAGCCUUGGCCGGUGGUAGCGGUGGUGUGACCUCCUCCUCGUCGUCCUCGUUACCUCAAGAGCCUCCCGAGGCUGAUCUCCUGCAUUUGAAUGACGACGACGAGGACGAGCAGACGGACAAUACAAUCAUUGCUGGAAAUCUCAGCGGUGGCAGCAGCACGACGGCGAGCACCAGCAAGCCGCGUCCCACAGUGCCGCCGAAUGACAAGAAUAUCAUGAAUCUGAGCAGCAUUUCCACCUCGUCGCAGGCCAGCAACAGUUCGAGACGCGAGGCGACACCACCCAACACGUCGCUAAGUAAGAAUCGCAGCAUCUCGAACUCUCCCAAUCACGAAAGGGUCGUGGGCGGCGCCGUUUCAUCCACGGGAAAUGCGGCCGAUUCGAGUAAUGCCUCCAGUCAGUGGACAAAGUUCAGUGAAUCUCCCACAACGAGUGCGGCGCCAGCUCAAUCAACGACUGGAGCUGCUGCCGUCACAGCGGCUCCUGCUGGUGGUGCGGCUGCUGCAGCUGCUGUUCCAGCCGUCUCUAGUCCCGGCCUAAAGCCAGCUCUGUUCGACAUGAAGCGCACUGCCCAGGAUGUGGGCUCCAAUCCCCAAAUAUUACAUCCCGUGCCGUUGCGUGUGACGCCAAUAGGCACUGCCAUAGCUUCUUCCUCCGGUGAGCAGUCGUCCGACAUGGAUGGUGUCGUUGUUUUACGCGAGGAGAGUCCCAAGACCAUCACAUCCAGCACCAGCACAGUCAACAAUCAAUCAGCAUCAGCAGCAACAGCAGUCGCUACAGGCGCAACAGCAGCAGCAGCGACUGUGACCACUGCCACGCAUCGGGAGAGCAGUGAUCUGCGUGCCAUUCAACGUCCCCAGGCCAAGAAGCUGCCAGCCAAGAACAGUGUGCUGCCACCGCCACCACAACGCGAGCCAAGCAUUGGCUCCACUGGCCCCAGCGAUAACUCCGAUUCGCUGCCAGCGACAGUCUAUGCCACGACAGUGACCGUGUCCAAGAAGGAGCCACCGCCAUUGCCACCACCACGUCCACAUCGUCAUGCGAGGAGCAGCAGUCUGGACUUGAACAAGUUCAAAAUGGGCACAACGGGGGGUGCACAGCAAGCGGAGAUUACUGCGCAAGCCAGCUUCGAUAUGCAAACCUCAACGGGUUUUGCCGAUUUCACGCACUUUGCCGACGAAGGUGGCGCCGCGAAUGUUGUUCUGGAGAGUGGAACUGUGGCCGAGCAGCAGCUGCACUCGCUGCCGCCGGCACCGCCACCGCCUGGCGGUGUGCCCCCCACGAGGAUUACGCUGCAGCAGACCCAAACACAGCAGCGGGUGUCAGCCUUCGAGGUCUAUCGGAAGCCGCAGACGCCACGGAACUCACAAUCGCCGCCACAACAGCCGCCACCGCCGGCCCCGGCCCUGGUCUCUCAACUGCCAAGCGCCGAGAACUUUGAGAAGCGAGUGACGGCCAUCAGUGACAGUCUGCGUCAUGUGUCCUUCAAGCAGAACCAGACGAGCACCACCGAGCUGCUGCAGCGACUGCGCGAACAGAACAGCUCCCUGCUGCACCUGUGCAAUGAUCUCAGCGACGAGCUGCUGAGCGUCCAGACGCGCAAGGAGGAGAUGCGUGUCAGGCUGGAGAGCAUGAAUGGCGGUACCGAGGCCACUGGGCGCACAAGCUCGUCGAUAUCAUCGGCUCCAGUGACGGCGAAUGUGACCGGUGGCUCCUCAGGCUCAGCAGGUUACACAAAUGUCUAAGCAGCGUGGGAUAUAAUCAUUAUUUGCGUCAUCAUUUGUCACAUAUUUAUGUGUUGCUUCUGCACAAUUUAUUUAACGCGCUGUAACAGAACGAUGCAAACAUUCUAGAGGUUCUCCUUUCGCUUGUGCAGACAGAAUGAUGCCUGGCGUGAAUGUUGGAAUGUUUGUACAGUUUGUUGACGUUUGCAGUGAGACGGAUGGAUGGAUGUGCUCCACCCAAGUUUGUGUUUUGCUACAUAAAAGUCGCUAAUUUAAUUUGUAGGCUAGUUAAAUCUCAACAAAUCAUGCGAAAAACAAACAAAAACAAUAAUGCCGCCUCUAUAGAUAUUUAUGCAGAUCGAUUUAUAUAUACACACACACACACAUAUAUAUAUAUAUGUAUAUUGAAACAUACAUAUGAGUAUGUUCUCCUAAUUGUUACAAAAGUAAAAUGAUGAUACACACGCCCGCAAACACACACAGAUCCUUCGCAAGAACCUUCGUAUCUCACAGCCCCUUAGUGUAUAAUGAAACUGCCACAAAGUGGUCCAACGCCCCAGCUGUAAUAUUUCGCUGCUAUAAAACAUUUUGCAUUUUUGUUUUGCCAAUUUGCUAUUUAUUAAUGCCUCGAAAUUCCAAUACCCCACCCUACCCUACCUACAUUUCUUAUUCAUUCCGGCAAUGAAACAUAACAAAAAGAAGAAAAAACAAACCGAAACGAAACAAAACA